AUGGCUCUGGUCGCAGGCUUCUCCAACGCAGCCAUAAAUAGAUUGCAUCACACGUGGGAGGGUAUCAACAGUUCACUCAAACACAAACUGACCACCAUGCGUGCCACCUUAGCACCCAACAACAACUCAGCUCAAUACCGCAAAACACUACACUUCAUCAGGACCGCGAAAAUCCCGUUCCUGGGCGUGCAUUUGACGGACCUGACUUUUAUUGACGAUGGCAACUCGGACAACCUAAAAGAAUACCCCGACUAUGUCAAUCUGGAGAAACUGCGUAAGACAUACAAGGUGAUCGUGGACAUCAUCAAGUGCCAAGAAAUUGCCUACACGGACCUUAAAUAUAACCAAGAGAUUAUGAACAUCCUAACGAGCUACAUAGACCCGUUGGACGAAGAGGAAGACUACGAACUUUCUCUUAAACUAGAGCCACGUGGUUCCACGGCAGACGAAAUCAAGUAGCCU